AUGGCCGAAGCUCUCACGGUAAUUCCGCCCGCCGUGCUUCGCAACCUCGCCGACAAGCUCUACGAGAAGCGCAAGAAUGCAGCACUAGAGGUUGAGGGAAUAGUGAAACAGCUUGCUUCUUCUGGGGAUCAUGAUAAGAUAAAUGCUGUGAUCAAUUUGUUGACUACGGAAUUUACUUAUUCGCCACAAGCAAAUCACCGCAAGGGAGGGUUGAUAAGCUUAGCUGCGGCCACUGUUGGGUUGACUGCUGAAGCUGCUCAGCAUCUCGAGCUAAUUGUACCCCCUGUAUUAAAUUCCUUUGCCGAUCAAGAUAGCAGAGUUCGUUAUUAUGCUUGUGAAGCAUUAUACAACAUAGCGAAGGUUGUGAGAGGAGAUUUUAUUAUAUUCUUCAACCAGAUCUUUGAUGCCUUGUGCAAGCUUUCUGCAGACUCAGAUGCCAAUGUACAAAGUGCUGCUCAUCUCUUAGAUCGACUUGUGAAGGAUAUUGUGACUGAAAGUGAUCAGUUCAGUAUUGAAGAAUUUAUACCGUUGUUGCGGGAGCGCAUGAAUGUAUUGAAUCCAUUUGUUCGUCAGUUUUUGGUAGGAUGGAUUACUGUGUUGGACAGUGUCCCAGAUAUUGACAUGCUGGGUUUUCUUCCUGAUUUUCUUGAUGGUUUGUUUAAUAUGUUGAGCGACUCAAGUCAUGAAAUACGUCAACAGGCUGAUUCAGCUCUUUCUGAGUUUCUUCAAGAGAUUAAGAAUUCACCAUCUGUAGAUUAUGGUCGAAUGGCUGAAAUACUAGUACAAAGAGCAGGUUCUCCAGAUGAAUUUACUAGGUUAACAGCUAUCACAUGGAUAAACGAGUUUGUCAAACUUGGUGGAGAUCAGCUUGUUCCAUAUUAUGCUGACAUUCUUGGAGCUAUUUUGCCUUGCAUAUCUGAUAAAGAAGAGAAAAUUAGAGUGGUUGCUCGGGAAAUCAAUGAAGAGCUACGUGCAGUCAAGGCUGAUCCAGCUGAAGCAUUUGAUGUAGGAGCAAUUCUCUCCAUUGCUAGGAGGCAACUAUCUACUGAAUGGGAGGCUACUCGAAUUGAAGCUUUGCACUGGAUAUCAACCCUUUUAUCCAGACAUCGUAAUGAGGUUUUGACAUAUCUAAAUGACAUAUUUGAUACCCUACUCAAAGCACUUUCAGAUUCAUCUGAUGAGGUUGUGCUUCUAGUUCUUGAUGUUCAUGCAUGCAUUGCAAGAGAUCCUCACCACUUCCGGCAGCUUGUUGUUUUUCUAGUGCACAAUUUCCAAAUAGAUAAUUCUCUUUUGGAGAAGCGUGGUGCUUUGAUAAUCCGUCGCCUUUGUGUUCUUUUGAAUGCUGAGAGAGUCUAUCGUGAGCUUUCUGCAAUAUUAGAAGGAGAAUCUGAUUUGGAUUUUGCUUCGAUUAUGGUUCAGGCUUUGAAUUUGAUCUUACUUACAUCAUCAGAAUUAUCUGAGAUGCGAGAUCUUUUGAAGCAAUCACUGGUAAAUCCGGCAGGGAAGGACCUAUAUAUUUCUCUGUAUGCCUCGUGGUGUCAUUCUCCAAUGGCAAUUAUAAGUCUAUGUUUUUUAGCUCAGACUUACCAACAUGCCAGUGCUGUGAUUCAGUCACUGGUGGAAGAGGAUAUUAAUGUCAAAUUUUUUGUCCAAUUGGAUAAAUUGAUCCGCUUGAUGGAAAUGCCAAUCUUUGCUUAUCUUCGAUUGCAGCUUCUUGACCCUGGAAGAUAUAUUUGGUUAUUCAAGGCAUUGUAUGGUCUUCUGAUGUUGCUUCCUCAGCAAAGUGCCGCCUUUAAGAUACUAAAAACUCGUUUAAAAGGUGUGCCAUCGUAUUCAUUUAAUGGUGAGCAAUUGAAGAGAAUGCCUUCUGGGGAUCCCUACCAAUUUCACAACGUGCCUGAUGGAUUUCGAACCAUUGAGGAUGGUAAUGUAGUCGAAGAUGGUGGGAGCUCAGGUAAUGGAAUGAAUUUUGCUGCCAGGCUACAACAAUUUCAGCAAAUGCAGCACGAGCAUCGGGUGCUUGCCAAAACACAAACAAAGUCACGCAAUAUUUCCACUUCAUCGUCAAAGGAAGCACAAAGAGAGGAAGAACCAAGAAGACCUCAGUCUAUUGAACUUCCUCCUUCAAGAUCAUCAAAGAGAGGGGUUGGGUAUGAUCUGUAA